GAAAGCGACGUCGGGGUCAAUGAAAACAAACGGGGAGCCCUGGGGGGAAGGAAGGCUGGCAAGGAGGAGGAGGGAGUGCCGGGGCGCGGGAGGGAGCUGCCUGGCGGCGGAAGAACGAGCAGGAGGCGGGCCGCGCCUGUGUUCUUGCCGCUGCCGCAGCCUCGCCUCGCCCGGGGAUGCCCGAGCCCGCGCGUUGCUUCCUCCGAGGACAGUGCGGCGCCUGCCGGCUCGGCCUGUAAGGGCCGCCACGUCCCGGCGGCGCGCGCCGACUGAGGGCGGCUUGGUGGCAGCGGGGGGCGCCCGGGCAAGUCCGGAGGGGCUGCUCCAAGCUCCGCGCCUUCCUGUACAAACGCGGCCGGCGCCGGGCUGGGAGGAUGCGCUGCGCGGGGUUCUGAAGGAUGGAGGGGGUUCUGUACAAGUGGACCAAUUAUCUCACAGGUUGGCAGCCUCGUUGGUUUGUUUUAGAUAAUGGAAUCCUGUCCUACUAUGAUUCACAGGAUGAUGUUUGUAAAGGGAGUAAAGGAAGUAUAAAGAUGGCAGUUUGUGAAAUUAAAGUCCAUUCAGCAGACAAUACAAGAAUGGAAUUAAUCAUUCCAGGAGAGCAGCAUUUCUACAUGAAAGCGGUAAAUGCAGCUGAAAGACAGAGGUGGCUGGUUGCUCUGGGGAGCUCCAAAGCUUGUUUGACUGAUACUAGGACUAAAAAAGAAAAAGAAAUAAGUGAAACCAGCGAAUCUCUGAAAACCAAAAUGUCUGAACUUCGUCUCUACUGUGACCUCCUAAUGCAGCAAGUUCAUACCAUCCAGGAAUUUGUUCACCAUGAUGAGACUCACUCAUCUCCCAGUGUAGAGAACAUGAAUGAAGCCUCUUCUCUGCUUAGUGCCACAUGUAAUACAUUCAUCACAACACUAGAGGAAUGUGUGAAGAUAGCAAAUGCCAAGUUUAAACCUGAGAUGUUCCAGCUGCCCCAUCCGGAUCCUUUAGUUUCUCCUGUGUCACCUUCUCCUGUUCAAAUGAUGAAGCGUUCUGUCAGCCACCCUGGUACCUGCAGUUCAGAGAGGAGUAGUCACUCUGUAAAAGAACCAGUGUCUACUUUUCACCGACUCUCCCAGCGACGCCGAAGAACCUACUCAGAUACAGACUCUAGUAAUGAUAUUCCCCUUGAAGAGCCAGAUAGACCUGUUCACUGUUCGAGAAAUACACUUAAUGGAGAUUUGGCAUCAGCACCCAUUCCUGAAGAACACAAACUUAUGGCCAAAAAAAAAUCUGAAUCGGAAAAUCCUCUUCCAUUCUUCUCUUCCUGAGGAAACUGAAGUGUCCAACUUCCUCUAAGUAUUGCUAUGCAAAAGCUGCUGUAAUUAAACUAUUGUUAUAGGGAGUAGUUUUUCCCUUUAUUUAGGAUUUCUCUGCACUUUAUAGAAUAUUGUAAAAAACAAAAACAAAAACAACCCGCAUACUUUUGAAGUGUAUUUUAUCUUUAUAUAGUUUAUUUGCAAGAGUAUUUUCCUAAUAACUUCACAGUAAGAAUGUGCAUCUUUUUUUUUUUUAAAUGAAAACAAAUGAUGGUAUAACAUUUUGACAUCAUAAGGACAAAUGUAGAUAUUUUUCUAAAAAAAACUGUGAGGGACUGACAACUUAGUCAGUGUGCAUUGUAGCUUAUAAACAUGAAAUCUUAUAAACAUAAGGUUUUGGUUUGAGAGAAGGGUGAUUUGUAACUUGUGCCAUGGACCAAAUGGUCACUUUAUUCCAGCUAAAAAUGAGUUAUAAUAGCAGCUUGAUGGUGACUGUAUUGUUUUCCUUUAAGCAGAAAGGAAACACUUUGCAUUCUAAAUAUUUGUAGCCCAAAUACUAUGACAUAUUGAGAAUUUUUUAAAAGCCAACUAUGUUGUCCUUCAUAUGUGAAGUUGACACUACUGAUUUGUCAAUACCAAAUGUUGGAUUAAAGUAUUUAAUUUUUAUUUAUUUAUUUUUCUGUUGCAUCAGAAAAUGAAUUCUAACUUUGUGACCUACCAAAUUUCAGAUGUGUACACAUUGUGAUUUACACUGUUCUAGAAAAGAAGCUUAAUGUUGUGGUGACCUUGCUCACUUACACCAGACAAAUAAAUGACUUUCAAUGGAAGAGGAUGUUAGUGUUUUUUUUCUAAAAUAGACAUUAAGCUGCUGUUCUAAGGUGUUAAUGUUUGUACUUCUUUAGGAUAUCUAGAGAUAUUUUUUAUUUAUGAAUAUUUAUAUAAAAAAGGAAUUCUGUCAAGGUGACUUUAGAAUGGUAUUAUUUAAUUAAAGAAGAAAUGACAUUCUUUGGUUAGUGCCUGCCCAUACUUGUUACAAGUGUUUGCUUUGUAAACUGUUUUUAAUUCACUUUGGGGUGAUGGUUUUAUUCAAGGAUGAGGAGCAUUUUAAAACAAACUGAUUUGGUGUUUUUAAGUUAAUCAGAUGUUUAAUAAAUAUGUGGUUUUUGCAUUCAAAA